GCAAUCGACCGGGCCGACUACUAUCUGGAAGAGUUCCGGGACAACGCCUACAAGGACCUGGCCUGGAGGCACGGCAACAUCCACCUCUCAGCCCCCUGCAUCUACUCAGAGGUGAUGGAGGCCCUGGACCUCCAGCCUGGCCUUUCCUUCCUCAACCUGGGCAGUGGCACGGGCUACCUCAGCACCAUGGUGGGGCUCAUACUGGGUGAGUCAGGACCACACAAACCACACCUGGCCAGGUGAAAUCUAGACUGGGUGAAAAAGGGAUAGACUUGCUCCCGAUUCACUAGAUCUUCUCAACUUUGGUGACUUAAAUUAGAUAAGUGCAUUGCAAUGGCGCAAGAGAGGCUGAGCAUCUUUCUUACCAUUGAGACUCUCAGCCACGUAUGGUCCUCACUGCUUUACACAAGCCUGUGGAUGUGUCCUGUUAAGGGAAAGAAAAUGGAGAAGUGUAAAUUGUUGACGGACUCUCAUUGUUGAUGGACUGACUCUUUCCUUGUUUCUCCCCCUUACUUUAGGUCCAUUUGGAGUGAACCAUGGGGUGGAGCUGCACCAAGAUGUCAUUGAGUAUGCAUACCAGAAACUGGAGUUCUUCAUCAAGACCAGCGACAGCUUCGACAGGUAGGAGGGUUUCAUGAUGAGAGAGCUGGAGAUAAAGUGAUAGAAAGAGAAAGAAAGGUGGUCAACAGAGCAGAGGUAUUAUACCAGUUAUAGGAGCUAUCAGGAGCAACCAGUUAAAUGUAGUUACUCUGUAAAAAGCUAGUAAGUUAUAGGUUACUCACCACACAGAGUAAGUCUGUGUCUUCGGUGUACAGGACACAUUUUAUUCUGGGUCAGGUGUCGUUGAUAAGAUUGUUGAGAAAACUAUGUUUUGGGAGUGCUACUGGUAUCCAAGAAACAUCAGACUGGAAUGGGGGAAACGUGUGUUUCUAUCUGUGUGUGUAGGUUUGAGUUCUGCGAGCCCUGUUUCGUGAUAGGGAACUGUCUGGAGAUAGCCCCAGAGAGUGGUCAGUAUGACAGGGUGUAUUGUGGAGCUGGGGUGCAGCUGGAGCAGGAAGACUACAUGAAGAACCUGCUC